GAGUCUGAUUUCGACUUGAAGGCCGACUUGUUGGGGGUGACUGUGGAUCUCUCCGAUGAUACACUGACGGAGGUUCGAGUUGCCAACAAGGAAAGCAGAUGUGCUGAGGUCGCGGCAUCCGUUGAUCAGGUUCUUGAUCGAGGAUCGCUACGGGCGCAUGAGGUUGCCUCACUUUUCGGGCGGAUACAAUUUAUGGAAGGUCAGCUGCUUGGUCGCAUGGGCCGGUUGGCGCUUGCGGAGCUUAGGUCGCUGGGUACUUCUGGCGGCUACUUAAAGUUCGGCUCAACAGAACGGCGAGCCUUUGAAAAUCUUCGUGAAAGGAUGCUGCAUGGACCACCGCGGUCGAUUUCCACCAGGCCUGUUGGUUUCAACGUGGUGGUCUUCACCGAUGGCGCCUGUGAACCAGAGGGUGAUAGCAUGCGUUGCUCCAUCGGGGGGGUGAUGUAUGUUGAGAGCUCUGGUUCAUGGUCUACCCGAUAUUUUGGAUGCCGACUGUCAGAUGCACUUGUUUCAGAUUGGAGCAAAUCUGGCAAAAAGCACUUAAUCGGUCCUGUCGAGCUUUAUGCAGUUGUGACUGCUCGACGUUGCUGGAAGAGAUUUCUUGAUGGAGCCAGAGCUCUGUUUUUCGUCGAUCACUCGGGUGUGCAUGCUGCUUGUGUGAACGGCUCUUCCCAUGAUAAGCUCUGGCGGGGACUUCUUCUGAAGCUUGAAUCUGCCGAUGCUUUUCCCAUGAUCGGCUGGUAUGCCAGAGUGCCUAGCCAAAGCAACCCGUCCGAUGCCCCGUCUAGGGGCUCGUGCAACUUCCCAAUUUGGGGUACUGUCAUGAGGGAUCAUCCACUUUGCUGCUUUUCCGAUGCGCCUUUGAGCCCUCUGGAUGAGAUGGGGGAUUGA